CGGACCUGACGCGGGGCUACCUCACCGCCGCAGGGACACUCAGGUCCUCAAGCAGCAGCCGGAGAAGGUGAGGUCUCGCCGGCAGGGACAGCAGCGGCGACGCGCUUCACGGGCUGCCAGGGCUUUUAGGAGACGGCGGUGGGGGCCCCCCCACCUCGCUCCACCCUCACCUGGCCGGGCCAGCAACCCCGCAGCAGGGUGGAACUUUAUGGACAUGGACUCAGAUACAUGGAAUUUUUUCCACUCUGGAAAAUUUGGACAAAGAUAACUCCAGCUGAAUUCUGUCCUGAGUAGUGAAGUUCCACAGGUCGAUUGGAGUCUCAAGAUGUGGACAAAAUGGCUGCGAAAAGGGAGAAAUGUAGCUGUUUGUCAUGGUGGAAUGUGGGAAACCUGACAGCAAAAACAUUAUUUACAUGCAAUAUCACCACAGCAUUUCUGUCUCUAAUUAUUGCAGCGAAAUGUGAUGCAUAUGAUGUCAUGUUGAGGGAGAGUCUUGUGCUUGAUGGGCAGCCUCUUGCUAUUAAGUGUUCACUGGAAAAGAGCUUGAAAAGUGGAGACUACAACUUAACAUGGUAUAAAGUUGGUAACCAGACAGCUGUGCCUAGAGACAAACUUUCUAGAAUUCAUCAGCAGAAGAAUUUUAUUUGGUUUCUCCCUGCAGUGUUAGAAGACUCUGGAGAUUAUGAAUGUGUCAUAAGGAAUUCGACAAGCCACAGAAAAAUGCGUACAAAAGUAACAGUUUUUGAGAGGACUGAUGGUUUAUGCUUAAGUGAAAAAUUUGCUGUAGAGGAGGUGGUAUUCACAGUAUCAUCUGCAAAAGUUGUGUGUCCACACCUGGAUUAUUUCAAGAAUGAGAACAAUAUUCAGCCUGUUCGUUGGUAUAAGGACUGCCAGCUGCUGGAAGGGAAAAGGUUUGCCUUCUCAAACAGUGAUCUUAUCAUUUGCAAUGUGAGUCUACAUGAUCAAGGAAACUAUACAUGUGAAACAACGUAUAUCUCCAAUGGAAAACAUUAUAACAUUUCAAGAGACGUCAGACUGACUGUAGAAGUGAGUCCACCAAAAAAGCCUCCAGAAAUAUCUUAUCCAAGAAACAACUCUAUUGAAGUGGAACUUGGCUCACAGGUUACAGUGGAUUGCAAUACAACAGGUGCUGAUGGGUAUGAGGUGUAUUGGACAGGCAACGGUGUAUAUAUUGAUGUAUUUUAUGUGAGCAGAAUUUUUGCAAGUCCCUAUGAGGAGAAAACUUCUCAUGAUGGACGUCCUGUGCAUUCUGUGAAGCUAAUAAUUUCGGAAGUGAAUAGUGAAGAUUAUGAACAGCCAUUUGUCUGUCAAGCUUCAAAUGCCUUUGGGCAGGCUGCGUCCUAUAUUAUAUUAAAACACAGAGUUCCUGAUAUACGAAGGUGGCUGGCUGGAGGGCUUGUCUCUUUGUUGAUUUUAGCAUUUAUUACUUUAAUAAUCUACAAGAUUUUCAAGAUUGACUUGGUGCUUUGGUACCGUAAUUCUGUCUGUGCCUUUGCAAGUAAGGAAGAUGGGAAAGUCUACGAUGCAUAUGUCCUGUACCCAAAAAGCAAUGGAGGCAGAAGUUUCUAUCAUCUGGAAACCUUUGUUAGUACAAUACUCCCUGAUGUUUUAGAGCAACAAUGUGGAUAUAAUCUCUUUAUAUUAGGAAGGGAUGAUUUACUGGGAGAAGCUGUGAUCAGUGUUGCCGAUGAAACCCUUAAACAAAGCAGAAGGCUGAUGAUUAUUUUGGGAUCAGAAACAUCUAGUAGCUGCCUGUCAGAAGACACUUCUGAACAACACCUAGCUAUGUAUAAUGCUCUCAUCCGUGAUGGGAUUCAAGUGAUUCUUAUAGAACUGGAUGAAAUACAGGACUACACAAGCAUGCCGGAAUCAAUCAGAUACAUUAAGCAAAAACAUGGAGCUAUUCAAUGGGAAGGGGACUUCUCAGAGAAAUCUCGUUCAGCAAAUACAAGAUUCUGGAAAAAUGUGCGCUACCAAAUGCCAUCCAGGAAGAAGGUAUCUUAUUCUGAAAUGUAUUUGUUGCCCCUAAGUCUGAACAAUUCUACAGCAAAGAGAAGUUGAGACGUACUUAUUAAAAUAAUACUAAGAAGGUAAUUCUGAAAUGUUAUUUUUUGUACACGAAGUCUUUUCAUUACAAAGUAGAUGUUUUCUUCAAGGAAUAAAAGCUACUCAUCCCUUCCCCAAAUUACACCCUAAAAGAAAAACUCUGUGCAACUUUAUUUCUGUUCUGGGUUUUGGAUAGUAACACUAUUUCUUGUGUUAGUCUCGCACGGAUAUCAGAAGUAAACGUUGCUGAUGGUGGUAGACUAUUAAAUAGUCAUAGUCCACACAAAUGUAAUAACCGCUGAAGAAGCAGCUGUGGAAUCCAUUUUUAAAAAUUGAAACUGCAGUUGCUUUGAAAUGAAAAAAUAUGAAUGACACUAGGAUUUGCUGAACUGCAGAUAAGUACGUUGUUUUGCAUGCAGUUGUGCUGCUGUUUUUUUUUUUCUUCUGUGAAUAUGCUGUUAUGAUUGUUGGCCACAUUUUCAUAGUUUUCAGAGGUUUGCUACAAUAUUCAAGAAUAGCAUUUUCCCACAAAAUGAGACUCCUAAAGACUCUUAAGAAAAGACAGAUAGAUGAUUGUGAGUCAGCAUUUAUCUACCUGAUACUUUCCUUUAAACAACCACAUUUAGUAUGAUUAUAUAGGCAGUUUAGUAUUCUUGUGUGAAAAUUAGCAUGAGAGAAAGGUUUCAGUUAUUGUGGUUAAUUGGUGGCUAACUGCUUGAAUGUAGCAUGACAUGAAGUGGCUUAUCCUUUUAUCAUGGGACUUUAUUUUGAAGCUGAAUUUUUCCUGUGUUUUCUCCCCUUGGAAACUUUUUUUUUUUUUUUGCAAGUCACAUAGGAAAACACACUAACUUUUGUGGUACAAUAAAUUAAAUCCCUUAGAGACA